AUGGCCUCUUUUUUCAAGAACGCCUUUGGAGGCGAAAAGGCCCCCGAGGCCGCGAGCCCAGACUCGGACUUCGCCGACUUUGCCGAAGCUCCCAGUCCAGCUCCUGAGGUCGGAACCCAGGAUGCGACAGUUGGAAGUCCCGCUGCCGCUGCCACUCAGGCUCCUUACACCAAGUGGUACAACGUCCACGAGCGUCACUCCAUCUCCGAGUUCAGGAUGGAAGGCAUCAUCCUCCUCAUCUCGAGUUUCAUCUUCUUGUUCCACAUGGUUGGCGCUCGUCGCAACCGCUCCAGGGCCAAGGGUUGGAUGCGUGCUCACGCUCCCAUCAUGCAGAAGGAGUACGCUCUCGUCGGCUUCGGUGGUGUUCCCACUGUGAACAACGAGAACCUCAACACCGAUACCCUCAUCAAGGAGAAGUCCCUCUUUGAGUUCGCUACUUACGCUACCGGCCGACAGAACACGGCUUUCACCGAUGUCAAGCUCACUCUGACCAAGAAGUUCAACCCCAUUGUCAACUGCUUCGAGCACCUCGCCGGCUUCUUCGUUGAGUCUGUUGCCGCACCCAAGGAUGCCGUUGAGGUCUUGACCUACCCCUUCGAUGGCAAGGAGAGCCUCACUGUUCCCUCUAUUCCAGGUGCCCCUGAGACUCGCAAGGAUGGCAAGAGCACUUACGAUGGCUUUGUUUGGGGUAUCGUCCACAAGGACGUCAUGCGCCGAGUCCGCGACGAGCGAUACGACGUUUCUCUCACCUUCACCAAGGAUAACCCCAAGCUUCCUGUUUGGCUCACCGUUAUGAGCGAGAGCGCCGAGAUCACCGACACCCUUCUUACCCCUGAGCUUAUUGCUGCUGUCAAGGCCGCAGGCGACAACUUUGAGUACCUCAUCAUCUCUGACCAGCCUGUCGACAAGCCUCUCACUCUUGAGGAGACCACUCCCCGCAAGCGACUCUUCCUCAAGUACUCUCUUCCUUCCGGCGAAAACUACGACACCCUUCUGCCUCUCUUCUCGCACUACCUCCAGCUCCCUGAUGUCCUUGUCAAGGUUGGCCACUUCCGUCCUGAAGUCACCAAGAAGGUCCGCACCAUCCGUGAGCAGGCCAUCAACGAGAUCAAGAAGUCCGCCGAGAGCCAGCGCCAAGAAGAGCUUCUCCUCGAGAAGGAGAAGGCCCGCAAGGCUAAGCGUGAUGCUGAGCUCAAGGGUCUCGACGCCAAGGCUCAGAAGCGAUACCUCGAAAAGGAGAGGGAGAAGGAGAUGCGCAAGAACCAAAAGCGACAGACACAGCGAGCUUAA